CUCGCUCCCUUCCUUCCCUACCCGCUCGCAGACAUGGCCGAGGCCAAGAACAGCCCCGAGUAUGCUCCGUUUUUCGCCGUCGUAGGCGCCUCGUGCGCCAUGAUCUUCAGCGCCCUGGGUGCCGCCUAUGGCACCGCCAAGAGUGGCACUGGCAUCGCAGCCAUGUCUGUCAUGCGGCCAGAGCUGAUCAUGAAGUCCAUCAUCCCUGUGGUUAUGGCUGGCAUCAUAGCCAUCUACGGCCUGGUGGUGGCCGUCCUCAUCGCCAACUCCCUGACUGAUACCAUCACCCUGUACAGGAGUUUCCUCCAGCUGGGUGCUGGCCUGAGUGUGGGGCUGAGUGGCCUGGCAGCCGGCUUUGCCAUUGGCAUUGUGGGGGACGCCGGUGUGCGGGGCACUGCCCAGCAGCCCCGACUCUUCGUAGGCAUGAUCCUGAUCCUCAUCUUCGCAGAGGUGCUGGGUCUCUACGGUCUCAUCGUGGCUCUCAUCCUCUCCACAAAGUAGCCCCUUCCUGAGCACCGCAGCCACAGAAUACGAUGUAAAGACCACCCCUCCUCAUUCCAGAACGAACAGCCUGACACACGCAUGGGCAGCUGCCCCCUCCGUAGUUGGUCUUGUAAAUGCGCAGUGUCCUAGUGCCCAUCGUUUGUUGCCCCUGCCUGGCCCCUGCUGCCUUGUGCUGUGGACAUCUGGGCCCACUCAUCUCCCAUCCUGGCCCCUGACCAGUGAGGAUGCUGGCCUCUGGCUGCCCCACCCGUUGCCCUAGAGUGCUCUGUGUAUAAGGAUGAAUAGAGUUGUCAUUUUUCUCUUCACUGGAUGUUUAUUUAUAAAAAGAUUUGACCUGUUCAUGCA